UUCACAAUCUAAGUUGCAUAGCAAAAUUAUUACUCAAUGUGCUUUUGAAGCUGACACUGUCCUCUCUCUCUAUCUCUUUGUGGGGUCAUCUCUUUCUCUCUCUGCAAGUUUCAAUGGAGACUCAACUUGUCAACAAGAUUCAUCCUGAAUACCCUCAGAUGAUUUAUGAAGCACUUGAUGCACUGCAACAAAAAGAAGGUUCAAACAAGUCAUCAAUAUCAAAGUACAUUGAAUCUAAGUAUGGUAACUUGAAUGAUGCACACUCAAAGUUGCUAACUUACCAUUUGGAUAGAAUGAAACAAACUGGUGAACUUAUUUUCCUGAAAAACAACUACAUUAAGCCUGGUCCAGAUGCACCACCUAAGCGUGGCCGGGGCCGGCCACCAAAACCGAAAACUACAUUGCCACAAGGAAGAGAAGUUGCAGCUCCCAAGCCGAGAGGUCGCCCGAAAAAAGACCCUAAUGCACCACCUACUCCCAAGAAAGUGAAAUCAACAAUUGCCCCUAGUAACUUAGCUGUUCCUGUUUCGAAAACUGGAAGGCCUAGAGGUAGGCCUAGGAAGAUUAAGCCACAGCCAGCACAAAUUGGGGUAGAGUGAAGCUGAAAAUUUAUGGACUCUUAUGACUUGUGUUAUGUCUUUUAAGUUUUCUUGGUUGAUGUGGUAUUUGUAGUGAG